AUGUUCUUCAUCGCUGAGUAUCGAAUUAAUUAUGUCGUCAAUGGUUUUCUGUGGUUAUCCCUUGAUACCCAGAUUGUAAUGGAUAAUAAUGACGUUGAGCAGGUUGAAAAUAGUUUACUGGUGUCGGGCAAAGCGUGCUCCUCUGAUGUAAAUUGGACUGGAGGUGGUGGGCAGACGCAGAAUUUGGAUCCUGAUGAACGUACUUUGACGCGUCGAGUCAUUAAGAUGGGACGCAUUUUUCAAAAAAUUAAAUUCUAUUCUAAGAUAGUAGGGAAUCCGAAAAAUUCGACUUCUUAA